AUGGACACAAACACUGAUAACACUGAUGCAAACGAUUACCACAAAUGCUAUAACAUUUGUGAUGACGACUACACGCCUACUAUCGCCGCCAACACCACCACCUCUUCAGCCAAUCGUCACGUGUCGCGUGAUUUUAAAGACAAUUAUUUGCAUACGAAACGAGUGUUUAUCCUCUUGUCAUGCGUUCAACCCAUUCAUUGCGGCCGUAAUGACAGCCAAUACGCCGGGAACCGUCUCUACGACAGCGCCUUCAGGCCCGGAGAUAAUGUGAAUUACGUGGACAGCAGAUCCACUUCGGAGAGUGUCGAUGAGGAGGACCUGUGGUCGCGGUUGAGUGAACUCAAGUUCUUUCACGCGUUCAUUGCGUCCAUUUCGGUGAUAAUCGUGUCUGAAUUGGGCGACAAGACCUUCUUCAUAGCGGCCAUUAUGGCGAUGAGACACGCGAGGAGUACGGUCUUCAUGGCCGCCAUGUCUGCCAUAUUCGUGAUGAACACAUUAGCCGUGCUGCUGGGAAUGGCGACUACAGUGAUCCCCCGAUUCAUCACCCAUUACGGAUCCAUCGUAUUGUUCGCGUUGUUUGGUCUCAAAAUGCUUCACGAAGCUCAUCAGAUGUCGGCCGACGAGGGGAAGGAGGAGUACGAAGAGGUGCAGAAGUCGCUGAGCAAACGCGAGACCGCGGACCUCGAGUACAAUAUGGUCUCGACGUCGUCCGAAGACCCCGAGACGGGUGUCAUUAAGACGAUAACCGCCGUCUCGUUGGGCACUCGACUGCGCCGGAAGCUUAUGGUCUACGUGUCGCUCGUGUUCAUCGAGACGUUUACAAUGACUUUUCUGGCCGAAUGGGGCGACAGGAGCCAAAUCAGUACCAUUAUAUUGGCCGCCCGGGAGGCGUGA